GCCAACCUGACACCUUUUCCCAGCCGCCAUGUCAAAGCAACCUCGAUAUCCCACGAGCUCCUUGCCUCAUGCAGGCACAGUUCCAAAUAAGUUGCAAACUGGUGGAUGCAUAACAGUACAAGUAGGUAUCGUGAGAUUCUUGAUAUCCUGCUACUUGCAUUAUACCCCCAUCCCUACUGAAAGAGUCCUGCCUCGAAUCUUUAUCUUAUACAGACGAUCUUCCGUCUGUAGUGUCCGCAGAUCGAGCUUGAUGGAUCUCCUAAAGUCAGUUUUGAUACUCUCUAUCUCGAUAUUCUCCCUCCGCCUCCUCGUAAACCGUCAUCGUCGUGGGUUACAUCUACCUCCUGGGCCAAAGGGCUUGCCUAUUGUCGGAAACUUUGUUGAAGCACGAGCGGUUGCAAACAGCAACGAACCGCCAUGGGUCACGUUUUCAAAGUGGUCGCACCUCUACGGCGAUAUAUUCACCUUCCAGGUCUUUGGCUCCCGCACGGUUGUUCUGAACUCAUACAAAGCAAUCAUGGACCUUCUGGAGCGCAGAGCUCACAACUACUCUGACAGACCAUCGUCGCCCAUGCUCAAUGAAUUAGUGAGGUGGAAAUGGUUGUUUAGUCUUAUGCGAUAUUCUGAUUGGUGGAGAUUGCACCGGAGGACCUUUCACCAGUCCUUCCGGUCUCGAAUUGUACCAGAGUACUACGAGAUUCAGAAGCAGAGAACCUCCUUACUGAUCCAGAGGUUGGUCACGUCGCCAAAAGAUUUCUUCGGACAUGUCAGGGCGCAUUCUGGAGAAAUAAUCCUCGAAAUCGUGUACGGUUACCGUACCCAAGACAAGAUCGAUCCGUACAUUAAGCUGGUCGAUGUGGCGAUGGAGGGACUUAAUGCACCAGGUGUUCACGGAACAUUCAUGGUCGACUUUUUCCCCAUACUAAAACACGUACCUGCCUGGUUCCCGGGUGCAGGUUUCAAAACCAAAGCUGAAGUGUGGGCUCGAAAUACAGAUCGGGUACUCGACCUUCCAUGGGCACUCGCAAAAAAACUCAUGGACGAAGGAAGAGCCGUGCCCUGCUUCUGCACACGAAACUUGGAGAAGCUACCUCCUUCAGGUGACAAUUCGGUCAUGGACGAAGUCAUCAAGAACUGUGCUGCCAUAGCUUUGAUUGCCGCUGGGGAGACGACCGUGUCGGCUAUCCUGUCUUUCAUUUUAGCGAUGGUGUUAAACCCUCAAGUCCAAACGCGAGCGCAGAAAGAACUCGACGAACUCACUGGUUUCACUAGACUACCAGAGUUCGCUGAUCGUAAAAAUUUGCCAUAUAUCGACGCUGUCCUUUCAGAGACUCUACGAUGGAAUCCUGUUGUGCCGUUAGCUCUCCCUCAUCGAGCUGUGAAUGAUGAUAUAUAUGAAGGGUAUCUUAUACCUAAGGGAUCGACCAUAGUCCCCAAUGCUUGGGCUGUUUUGAGGGAUGAAUCUCUUUAUGGCCCCGACACACAAAACUUCAACCCAGAUCGGUUCUUGAAACAGGACGGAAAGAGUCUUCCGCCGAAUCCUGAGCUCCUUGCAUUCGGGUUCGGUAGAAGGGUCUGUCCUGGGCGAUAUCUCGCAAUCAACUCACUUUGGCUUACGAUGACCUAUCUCCUCACGAGUUAUACUAUAGCUAAAGAACUUGAUAGCGAAGGGAAAGAAAUCGAUCCAGUUGUUAAUUAUAAUACGCCUGGGAUAACUAGUCAUCCUCAUCCUUUUCCUUGUCGGUUCAUUCCGAGGUCGUCGGCCCCGUCGUUCAACUAACCAGUAACGUCUCGCGACCCCGAGAAAAUUUUGUGUGUUUCCCGGACCGCUCACCCAAGACUGACGGACUCUCAUGUCUACAGAGUAUCUCAUAUAAAUCUGGAACGCUUGUACUCGUGCGGUGGUAACACCUGAUUGUACUUCACGAACUUACUGCAAAUUGAAUGUACUCGCC